ACUAUAUUUGUAAUUCAAAAAACUCUAAAUUAUCAAACAAAAAUGACCAAAUCCAUCGUUUGUGCUUUCUUCAUCAUUUUUAUUCUAGGGAUGAUGGUGAAUGAGAUUGAAGGACAAAAACAAGGAUGCAACGAGGUUUUAAAAGAAGUAGAUUGUGGUGCUGGUAGCUGUAGCGCUCUGUGCCUACAGAAACGGAAGGGCUUGGGUCGAUGCGUCACACCAAAAGGCAAUGACACCCUCAAAUGCUAUUGUUAUUAUCCUUGCGUUUAAAGUUUUUAUUUUAUUUUAUUUUAU